AUGUCUUGGAAGGACUUCGAUGACAAUCUUUUUUGGCGGCCGAAUUGGUGGGAGCAAGCUGGUGGAACUCUCGGUUCUAGUGAAACUGCAUUAUUCCCAACUUGGUCAUGGAGUUCAGUCGCCGGAUCUGUUAGAUUUGAUAGAUAUCAUCAUCAUGUGCCGGUAACAACUUGGGCUCAUUUCUCACCUGAAGAGGGCAAUUUUGACGUGUUGAUUCCACCUGAAAUGGAACGCUACGGAUGGCAUCAAUUAGCUCAUAAAGAAAGGUUCUACAAUCUUGAGCACUGGAUCGAUCUUCGUGAUUGUAAGUGCAAAGGCAUGAAUCAGGAAUGUUGCGAGGACUGCUGCCUUGAUAGUCACACUCGUGUAAGAAUGAACAUGCAGAGAAGAACAUCGAAUUUUCUCAAAAAAUUCUCCGAUGAAGAUACCAAUGCUGCUCUUGCACCUGGACGUUUGUUGCUAUUGACCCAAACUGCUAGGUUACGCUUAGAAUAUUAUGGCACAUUUUCUUUCGAGCAUGGAAUCUCACAAACCGAGUUCUCUCUAUGGAAUGAAGAUGAACAAUGA